AUGACCACAAGACCCCCGAAGCUCGUCGCCUUCGAUCUCGACUAUACCCUUUGGCCUCUCUGGAUAGAUACCCACGUUACCCCACCUCUGAGGCGCGAAGGAGACGAGCUCAACGCAGUCCACGAUCGGUACGACAACAAGAUCAGCUUCUACCACGACGUCCCGCAGAUCCUGCACCGUCUCCAAUCAGCCGGCGUCAUCGUCGCAGCCUGCUCGCGCACGAGCGCACCAGAGCUCGCGCGCAAGGCGCUCUCCCUCCUCCUCGUCCCCCCGCGCGCGGGCGACAAACACGGCCCGGUGAAGCCCGCAAUCGAGUUCUUCGACCAGAUGGAGAUCUACCCCGGCUCGAAGCUGACGCACUUCAGGAAGCUGCAGCAGAAGACCGGGAUCCCUUAUUCCGAGAUGCUGUUCUUCGACGACGAACACCGCAACAAGGAAGUCCAAGCGCUGGGCGUCACGUUCGCGCUCGUGCGAAACGACUUCACCGAGCGCACAUUCGAAGAAGGCCUCGCCGCAUGGCGGCAGCUGCAUCCUGUAGAAGUGACAGAAGAUGCCGGCGGCGACGACGUCAAGGGCAUCUAA